AUGCCGCUCCUGCCCGAGAUGGGAUCUGCCGCUACCGCCGCCUCUACUCCUACUCCUUUCCGCCUCCACAGCAACAAGCUCCUGAUUGCUACCGCCGCCACCGCCGCCGCCAUCACGCCUACCGGCGAGCACACCUCGGAAGGAGGGGCACCGGCGGCGCCGCGGGCCGCCCCGUUGUCGGCGCCGGGGGGCCGAGAAAACGGCCACACACGGGAAACCCUGGAGCAGAAGUGGGCAGCCUGGCAGAGCGAAAACCGGGGGCCCGCUCCCCUCCUCGGGAAGCCCGCUCCUGCGCCGGUGGUGGCGGAGGCGGGUUCGAGUGACAGCGGUGGUCGCGGCAUGUUCGGCGGGGGCAGCAGCGCUAGCAGCAAUGGCGGCGGUAGCGGCAGGAGGUGGGGGGGUGCGGAGGAUUUCCACGAUAAGGUGGCCUUCCUUGGGGACUACGUUGCGAACGUCUUCGGUAGGGCCAAGAGGAUGGGCGUGCCGCAGCACUGCGAAGCUAGGGACGUGCAGUACGGGGUGGAGUGAAGCUACCAGACGAAGAUUCUCGGUUUUCGAUUGUAACACAUGUUGGAGUUUCUUGCGACUGCUUAUGUGGAUGCAUGUGUUGAUAAAUAAAUGUAGGUAGAACCCGUGUUGUGCGUGUGGGCACACAAGACAGAUCGUGGAACGCGUUAUCGGGAAGAAUCGCGAUGGAACCUUGGAACACAGAAAUAUACGUAGUGUAAGAAAGUCGUUGCUAAAUCAACAGCAGUUCAGAUCAAGUUUGCCUACAUGUACUCGUGAUGCAUGGCUGUUUUUAGUUUCGUCUUUCUUCGUCCGGCCCUCCUUUCUGUGCAACAUCACACACAGCACUUUUCCGACUACACAAGCAAGCUGCGAGUAUGUUUGCUUGCCCAACAAAAAGUCAUGCUCACUGCUAGAGGUGGGUGGGUGGGUGCCUGGUGAAAGGAGUUUGUCGGAUCGAGUUUGGUUGUUCUUUGUCGUUUCCUCCUUUUUUCUGGGAACGAUCCAAGCAUCUUCCUGUGUACAUACACAGCUUCCGUUGCACCAUUUUUUACGUUUGGCAUUUAUUUUUGUUGUUGCAUCGUCGUCCCUCAAUUUUCUGGUUCGCUUCAUGCAAUGGCGCGUGGAAGUAUACAGCAUUAGCUAUACGUCGGACCCCUUUCCGCUCGUUCUGUGUGUGACGAGCCUAUUUUUCGGCAUGGAUGGGUCGUUUGAUUGAGUGGUUCCGUGUCUCUCGGUUGUUGUAGUUCUCAUGUAUACAAUGAGGAAUGGAGGGUGCAGUGCAACCACAAAACUUUACUGCCCGGCGCCGGUUUGAACCGUGCAAUGAAGUCGCGCUCAUGUCGUCGUAAGUAUUUAGGCAAAUCCGAUGUUUACAUCCGGUGUAAUCAGCAGGGUUUGCGACAAGUUUUGUUUGGCAGAAAAUUUGUGCUGUUGCUUUUUUUUUUUUCAUUUUUGCCAGUCAUUCUCCACGUCCUCAUCGUAUGCUAUUUCACUACUGUACUUUUAGCCUCUUGUUGUUGUUAGGCUCGCUUCAACGAGAAUAAUGCACGCAGAAGGUUGGUUUGUUCGGGCUGUGUUUUCU